UCCGCGAUGGCUCUGCGCCUCGAGGGUCCGGACGAGCUGACCGCCGCCUGCCUGUCGCCAUGCGGGCCGCCCAACCCGGCCGAGCUGUACAGCGAGGCGCGGCGCCUAGCUCUCGAGGAGCUGGUGGCGGGCGGCCCCUGCGCCUUCGAGGCCUUUCUCCGACGCGAGGGCCUGAGCCGCUUCCUGAACCCCGACGAGGUGCGCGCCAUCCUGCGGGCGGCCGAGCGGCCCGGCCAGGAGGGCGCGGCGGCGGUUGCCGAAGAGUCCUUCGGCUCGUCGCACGACUGCUCGUCCGGCACCUAUUUCCCCGAGCAGUCGGACCUGGAGCCGCCGCUGCUGGAGCUCGGCUGGCCCGCCUUCUACCGGGGCGCCUACCGCGGCGCCACGCGCGUCGAGGCGCACUUCCAGCCCCGCGGCGCGGGCGCCGGCGGCCCCUACGGCUGCAAGGACGCGCUGCGCCAGCAGCUCCGCUCCGCGCGGGAGGUGAUUGCGGUGGUAAUGGAUGUUUUCACGGACGUCGACAUCUUCAGGGACCUGCAGGAAAUAUGUCGGAAACAGGGAGUCGCUGUCUACAUCCUUCUGGACCAGGCUCUGCUCUCGCAGUUUUUGGAUAUGUGCAUGGAUUUGAAAGUGCAUCCUGAAAAGGAGAAGUCACAGGCCUGUAAGACUUUUGGGUAUGCACCCAAGGAUGAGAUGCGGAAAACCACACCUAAAUGUGCCUCCAGCGACAUUUCUGAAUGCUUGCUAUUUUUUACGUGGACGGAUGGCAAAUUAAAUAGCAGUAACUUGGUCAUUCUGUCCGGCCAAGUGGUUGAGCACUUUGACCUGGAGUUCCGAAUCCUGUAUGCGCAGUCGAAGCCCAUCAGCUCCAAGCUGCUGCCCAGCUUCCAGAUCAGCGGCAAGUUUGACCACCUGAUCGACAGUAGACCCCUGUCGAAGGAGCUCACGCUGGGCGGCCUGCUGCGCCUGCGGCUGGCCCGGCUCUCAAGCACCCCCAAGAAGGCCGAGCUGGGGUGUGAGGCACCCGCCGAGGGCAGGCCCGAGGCCAGGCACCAGGACUUUGAGGCCUCCACCGCCGGUGAUGAGGACGGCGUCCCCAGCUGCCCAGGCAGGCUGCAGGGCGGGAGGAUGACCGAUGCCGCCACCCAGACAGAGCCAGGAGAGGAGGUGCCCGCAGUGAGCGUCAGCGACGCGGGGACGCAAGCCAGCCCCCCAGCGGCGUGUGCCGGGACCCAGACCACGGUCACCACCAGGGUCGCGAGCUCCCAAGCUGUGGUUCGGUCCACGUCAGCCACCACCCAGACUGACGCGGACGAGAAUGUUCUCUUUCCUCAGGGCACCCAGUCUAAAGAAGGCUCACCGGUGUCCAGGAUGUCUGUGUCGAGAUCUUCCAGUUUGAGGUCUUCCUCCUCUCUGUCUUCCCAGGGCUCCGUGGCCAGCUCCCUGGGCUCCCAGACGUCCAGCAGAGCCACUGACUUUGUCCCCUCUGGACAUGCCAAGUACUGGGGCGCCCCCAACUUGGAUCUGUGCUUGCGAGACUCCUUUAGGAACUUGAAUCAAGAGCGCCAGUGUCACCUUGCUGGUCUCAGGUCCCGGCUCAACCACAUGCUGGCCAUGCUCUCCAGGAGAACAUUCCUUACUGAGAACCACCUCGGUGUCCAUCGUGGGAGCGUCAGCAGAGCCCCAGUGAGCCUGCUGGCUGUCAGAGACACCGCGCUGUACCCCCCCUUCCAGUGACUGCCCAUCGCUCAGUGCCUCCCGGUCCGUCGGGCGCCCAGUGCCACUCCUCCGAGACCCUGCUUUCCAGCUUGAUCACCCGACCUUUGGUCACCCCGUUCUUCCCUGAUUCUGUAAACCGCACAUUAUUUUAUGUGCUUUUAUCCUUUAUUUUUGUCAUGUAUAAACCAGGUGUUGGUUUUAUGGUUGAAACACUAUAGGUACAGUUUCGUUGCACGACUUUAAUACUGAUUGUCUCUUCCAGAGAGUGUUUAGGGGUUCUCAGCUUCAUCCAGAUAUGGGAUGAAAUAUGUUCUGUGCUUUUCUAGAUUUGUGUGCCUUUCUGUUUUAGAGAUUUGAACACUAGUUCUUAUCAAAAUCCUAUUUAGAAAAAAUGUUCUUAUUGUCUGUCUCUUCUUCAGGAUAUCUGUGUUCUUAGGAUUAAAUAAAAAUAACCAACUUCUGUUUGG